AUGGGCGGGUGUCUCUCGGCCGACAAGACCGCCUUCCGCCAGCUGGAUCGAGGCAACAAGGGCUAUCUGACGCUGGACGACCUGGCUCGCGGGACGAGUCGCACGCCGUGGCCGACCGAGGCAGACUGCAGCACUGCGGCACAAGCGGACCUGCCCGAGCACUUCUUUGUCAGCCCCGCACUGCUCUUCUUGUUUGACACAAAGCGAGCUGGACGGCUUGGCAUGAGCGAGUUUUGCAACCUUCUGGGACAUGUUCGAGCGGCGACAAAACCAAAUACCUUCCGCGACGCUUUCGAGCUGCUGCGCUCCAAUUCGACGGUUUCAGUCGCCGUCCGCAAGAAUUCGCAUUGCUGGAAGAGCACACUAUCCGACACCACCAAAGGCACCCGACGCGACUUGUCUUUGAUCGUGAGGCUGCAGCUCGCGUGCAUGCUAGUCUUGUUCGCCUUCGGCCGCGAUGAAGGACGACUCGCCACAGCAAUACCGGGACCAGCAACGGCCAGCCUGGAUGCACUCACAGUCAGUCUACCUCUGGAGCUCACGCAGGCUGCCUUCUUGCUUUUUGCUGAUCACUUGACGGCAGAGUACCGCUCCGUCUCUGUCGCAGACCCGCACGACGAAGCCAAGAUAUUGGGCGACUACAAACUGAUGGAGACGGUUGGAUAUGGCGCAGAAGGUGUUGUCAAGCGCGCCAUUCACCAGCCGACCGGAACAGAGCGUGCCAUCAAAGUGAUAGAGAAGGGGAACGUGGCCCAAAUGUCCAAGGUGGAUGUUCAAAUCAAAGCCAUGGAGCUUCUCACGCAUCCAAACAUCAUCGCUCUGUUGCAAGUGCUUGAAUCUGAGACGGACAUCUUUCUCGUCCUUGAGCACUGCGACCAAUCCCUGUACGACGUAGUGGCGCACCGUGGGCGUGGGCUUCCCGAAGACGAAAUUCGGCCACUCUUCCGCCGCCUGAUCCUGGCCAUUCAGUACUCACACUCGGUGGGCGUCUGUCAUCGCGAUUUGCGCGUUGAGAAUUUACUGCUCACACAAGACGGCGUCCUGAAAGUGGCUGAUUUCGGGCAUGCGGGCGUCUUUGCAGAGGGCUGGGACAUGUUUUCUACCACGCUGGUGGGAAGCGUACAGUACAUUUCCCCCGAGCAAAUACACGGCAAAUGCUACUCGGGUCAACUGAUCGACAUGUGGGCCUGUGGUAUCAUUCUGUACUUUUUAGCUGUGGGGCGGCUCCCAUUCGACUCUCGUGCCCACUCUGACAACAUGCACGCCUUUUUGGACGAUGUGCUUUCUGCACGGUACUCUUUCCCAACAUCCGUGUCUCACGACCUCCAGAACUUGAUUUCAAGAUUAUUAAUGACCAAUGCGGAAGAGCGAGCAACGCCUGCAGAUGUGCUUGCACAUCCCUGGAUGGCAGUUGACGCCGCGAUAGACUCGUCGAAAAGCGAAUCGUUGCAGGAAUGAUCACGAGUUGUACAUUGUACAUUACAAGAUGAAAAACAGACAAUGGAAAACAAAC